CGAGAUUUAUCAUACAUAUGCUCGACCACAAAGUCACAAACUAAUACAGAUAGAGUUUUGACUUUGACUUUUUUUAUACAGCUUAUAAGUACUAAACUCUUAUCCCAAUACAAUUCAAAAUAAAAGUUUCCAUAAAAAGAAAGCCUUCCUACAAUGUCAACGUUUCUCUGUAUCUUCCUCCUCUUUGCCGUCUUCAUCAGCCACGGUGGAGCCGCUACCGAACCUCCCGUCGAAGCAGUUAAGGACAUCAAUGGAAAACCUCUCCAAACACGCUUCUACUACUACAUCUUGCCUGUUGUUAGGGGCCGCGGGGGUGGACUAACCAUGUCCAAAGCCGAGAACAAAACAUGUCCAAGAAGUGUGAUCCAAGACCAAUUCGAAGUCUCUCAAGGCCUACCGGUGAGUUUCUCACCAUAUGACAAAUCAAGAAUCGUCCGUGUCUCAACUGAUCAAAACAUCAAGUUCUCUUCAACUUCGAUUUGGGAAUUAGCCGAUUUCGACGAGGCAACCCGUCAAAAUUUCAUUUCAACUUGUGGCGUUGAAGGGAAUCCUGGUCAGACAACGGUUGAUAACUGGUUCAAGAUCGACAAAUUUGACAAUGAUUACAAGAUCAGGUUCUGUCCUACUGUCUGCAAUUUCUGCAAAGUCAUCUGCAGAGACGUUGGUGUGUUUGUGCAAGAUGGAAAGAGAAGACUUGCUUUAAGUGAUGUUCCAUUAAAGGUUAUGUUCAAAAGAGCAUAGAUACAACAACAACAGAAUAUUUACAAUGCUUCUGUAACACCAUUAAUAAAUAAAUAAAGAAGUCUUUUCAA